AUCAGUAAACAAACUUGUAAAGGACGGCCAUUGCUAAUCAGUAGACAACCCUUUAAUAUUAGUAGAUUGUUGAAAAACACAGAGCUAUGGGUUCGAGAAGACUAAUUGCAAUUAUACUCGCCAAGAGGCAGUUGUCCGAUCAGCCUCCUAAAAAGAUUAAGAACUUCGCUGAAAUUUCGCAAACCACCAACCAGCCUGCUAAUCAAUCGUCACCUUCGUCCGCACCACAGACGGUAGCCUCUCCAAGAGCUGCGUCAAAGGCUUCUGAGCGCUCCAGCUCUAUAACAGCCGCAGCCGGACUCAACAAGGCCGCUGGUGAAGAGUACCUUGUGCCGGAAUACUCCAAGCAUAAUGAGUACUCAUUUUACGAUCUCAACCUCGACCUGACAAAAGAACGGAUGCCCCAGCCGCAGGCAAAUCGACUGGAUUAGAUCAGUAAUAUGUAGUAAUACUGAAUAAAUGCAGAAAUAUUGAAGAAGGAAUGGGUCGCACAAACCUGUAUAGGCAGGAAACGCAAAGAAAGCGCCUCACUGUGUAGUUGCGAAACAAUUUAUAGGAAAUAAACGAUCUAAUGUACCAGCUGGACGAGAGCUUCCAAAC